UCCAAAAUGGAAUCCGAUACUGAUUCUCAAACUAUCUCAUCUCAAAAUUCCUUAGAUUCUCAAGAAACUAUAACUUAUAAAGUCGAUCGUUACAAAAGAAAAAUAAAAAAUCCGCAGACAACAAAUGGCGAUAAUGGCGCUAUUGCACGAGUAGUCAUCUAUGAGGA